UCUAUAAAAACUAAAAUGAUUACAUUUGAAAUGAUCUCACAUUCUAAUAACAAGUUUACCUAUCUGUAAUAUUAGUACUCCUCUAUGAUCAGUUCUAACUAAUGUUACUUGUCUUGCUACCAUGCUCUGGAAGCAACUGAACUGUUACAGUAAGAAUUCUUUUAUAUAUGUAUCUUUAUAGAUGCCGAUUCAAUUUGGAACAGCAUUACAUACAACUUUGUUACUCAGACGCUAGCAUGGCAAUCUCUCUGUCCUCUUAAUGCCACUGUCAGUCUUUGUUGGAUGACUGAUCAGAAUGACACAUGUGUAAACUUUUCAAAUUCAUUAAACACAAUCAACGAUAAGGUUUUAUAUACUCAAGUCGACCCUCAUCCUAGACUUUGUGCAAAGUUUACCACUAAUAUGGACUCCCAGGUUAGAUGUCCUUUUGCACAUGAACAGUUUCCAGGGUGGAAUGUUAAUAUAACAGCUACAGAUUCUUUGUCAGAAAUAAGAAUCACAUCCAAGAUCAAUGCUAAUUUUACACUGCACUUGUGUAACAGGACAGAACUUAUAUGUGACAGCCUUAAUAUCUUUGCUUCAAUCCCAUUGGAGGCUUCCCACUAUGCAACUAUAAAUGUAUCAAGUGAUAUAUGUGGACCUAAUCUUUGCAUUCAGGCCUCAAGGUCAGAUGUAAAGUAUUCAGUUCCAGUAAAUAUCUGCAAUAUCCCAUGCAGGUCACAAGAACAGUCAAAUGGUGAAGCUAGCUUCUUGGAGACAUUCCUACUACCGUCAGUUCUGUUGAUAUUGGUUGCAAUGUUCGGCUUUGUUGGAUGCAUCUUACUGUCAGUGAGCUACAAAAAGAAGCUUCAAGAGAGAGGUUAUUUUAAAAUUAAAGUAAAACAUAUAUCUUCUGGUGGGGCUUCUUCAAUGGAACAAAGAGUAUUCAUAAGGUUUGCCCAGCCGGAAGACAAGUGAAAUUGUUGGAACGUUUUUUUUUAUCGUGACACGGAACAUAUUUUGUAAAGUCUAAUAUUACAAGUAAAGGCAAUUUUUUCUGUCUGUAACGACUAGAAAUAUAAUCUUCAGUAUUAUUUAAAUGAAACAUUUCUGAUUAUGACUGAUAUGUAUAGUGAUUUUUUUUAGGGCUUUCUCUAUAGCAGUGCAAGUUCAACAUCUUCCCUCAGCAAUACUUGUCUGGCAUCUGGUAAAGGAAAGGAAAAGAAAGAAAGAUAAGCAGUAGCAUCAAUAGUAAUAGUGCUCAGCAAUGCUAUUGAGCUACACUGAGCACUGCCAUCUAAUAAAUUAGAAUGACAUAAAUGGCUUAAAGGAAACAAACACAUUAUGAGGAAUUUACACAGGUAUCAGGAUAUCAGGUUUGAUACAUUUUAUUAUUAUUAUUAUUAACAUGUAUUUAUAUAGCGCCAACAUAUUGCGUAGCACU